UGCACUACAGAAUCAAUCUCUAUGUAUCUGGCACAGAAAGGAGUGGCACAUGCAGUUUUAAACUCAGAAGGGUCAUCAUAUGGACGAAGGGCCCCCCUGUGAGCAUCUAUGGUUUUAAGUGCUCUCUUUCCUACACACUCUCAUGGCGAUAUCGUAAGGAUUCAUAUGACUUUUCUAAAUUUGGCUUAUUUGUAUGAUAUCGUACGACUGCACUCGUAUGAAUUCGUACAGCUUUCACUACAGCCAAAUGAUGUCGCUAUUUCUUGCUUCUGUCACACACAACAGCUUCCAGUCUUGUUUACACACUCUACUGAUCAGCUAGGUUUAGAUAAGGGGUUUGGGUAAAGGCAUAAUAUUAAUAAGCAUGCCCUUAAUGCCUUUUCAAGAGACUGGGUUGCUUUCUCAAACUUCCAUCCUUUUAACUAACUUAAACGGGAAUGAAGGACAACUAGAGUCGACUAAAUUGACGUGGUGUGAGCUGUCGAGUAAUUUGGCAUCAAUGGAUACUGGGAACAUGGCCCACUUGAAAGAGAGCAGCUCUGUAUGGACACAACCUGGUGAAGACAAUGAGCAUUUGACAAGACACUAUGAAGGCCAUGGGUGGAACUUUCAAAAACGUUCCUAUUUCCCCUCUGCUGAUGUCAUCCACCCCAGGAAUGAAACACCUCAAAUCAGUUCCAUGGACAAGGAGAAGGGAGGAACUUUUUAUGCGAAUACUAUGGAAAGAGACAAGGGGGACAAGCUGUCGACUUUCUGCUUUUCAACCAAGCAGUUGUACCCUUGGAUGAGAGAGGCACAACCAGCUAUACCCUUGAGCUCCAUUAAUGUCAGAGAAUCAGGUGAUUCCAGGUACAGCACUGGUGAAGCAAGUUCUCUAAAGAGAGUAAGGGAUGGUGGACUUUGUAACAGUAAACGGCCACGUGCAGCAUUCACCUCUUCCCAGCUGCUUGAGCUAGAGAAGGAGUUUCACUUAAGCGCUUACCUGUGUCGCCCACGCAGGCUUGAAAUGGCUGCACUCCUGAAGCUCACUGACCGGCAGAUAAAGAUCUGGUUCCAAAAUCGUCGUAUGAAGUACAAGAAAGAUCACAAGCAAAGGUCAAAGGCAUUGUCCUACUCCUACUCAUGCCAAGACAUAGGUAACCAGCCCUGUGUGGUUAGUGGCAGUGUUGUGUCAGUGCCAUCAAAAUUCCAAUACAUCAAUGAGAGACCACCAAUGUCCAUUAUAAACUGUUCUCAGAGCCACUGGUGAAACGACAACAAUUCAAACAACCAGCAACUGACUUCUGCUUUCAGAAUUCAGCUGUGCUUCUCUUGUGUCAUGUCUACACUACAGACAAAUGGUAAAUCAGAACUGACAUAUGUAUGGUUCAAACAUGACCUCUGUCAACUAUCAAGGGAAUGAAUGUCUUCUGACACUACGAAAUCUAAGAAUGAAAUACGAAAUUCUUACACCACUACACUUACGUGUUCUAAUGCUGGUCAGUUAUUUCUAUGUUGUAUUCAGGCUUUUUUCCAGGAAAAUUUAACCUGGAAGAUUUGCAAAGCCAAGUUCACUCUAUAAGUCUAUCAGUCAGACAGGCAAAGAACCAGAUUACAUGUUAUCAGCCAGUACAUGGUACAACAGAGUUGGUUUACAUUGUGCAUAUACUUCUAGAGUAAUAUCUCUGCAAAGCACCAAGAUUUAUUACCAUGGAUGCAAGUUUAUCUCCUAGGCACAGAAAGUAACAUUUUGAAAGGGCACUAGUGACUUCGAAUGGCCAUUAACAUAGCACGAAAAUCCUCUCAAAUUUUGUAAGUGCAAAUUUUUAUUAUGCCCACAAUUAUAUGCUAUUUUCCCCAAGGCAUGUGCUGAGACUUUUCCCAAGAGAAUGUUGAUUACAGUGGUGAGAAAUAUUUAAAUAUUCAAGCCAUGUUGAAUCUCACUGACUUGUUCUCAUAUUAAUGCUGCUCUAUUUUGAGUUUGACUUCACACAACUUCUUAAGUGUGGAAUUAAAGUUUGCUGUUGUUGCAUGACAUUGAAAGUACUGUUCAUCUGGAUUUGAAAAUGAAUAUCUCUCCAGCAACAAAACAGGAGUAAUCCAUUAUGUCCCAAAGCCACAACAAUAUCAGAAUGUACAGUAUCUUUGCAUUUAUAAUGUAUAUUGUUUAUAUCAUACCCAUACAAUCAUUACAUUUAUGGAAAUGUAGCACUGGAAUGUAAAAUAAAAAGGUAUAUAUUGCUAUUUAUUGCCAUCUUUAUUUAAUACACAUGAUUAGUUAUCAGAAUUGGCCAUAUCGCAUUAAAAGCAUGCAUUUAAAAACUGAAAAUUGGUAGCUGGAAACUAAUUAAGGCCCUCUGGUAAAUCAAUAAAAUAAUC